CACACGGCGCAGCCCCGGGCCCAGGCGGCCGUGCCGCGGCCGGAGGAGAAUUCCUGCUCCAGGGCCCCGGCUGAGAGCCGAGGGCUUCCCUCCUGCUCCGGCGGGAGGCGCUUGGCCAGUGCCCGUACCCGCACCACGGCACAUUUCCCACUGAAACGGCGAUUCUCCCCGCACCUGUUCUGAUGUUUCUCACCAGCACAUCUCUCACUUGAGUUCUCAGGCAGUACCAGAUUAUCAAGAGAGAAGUUCCCCAGCGCUCCCCAGCAAUGGCAGGGAAAAAGGUCCUGAUAGUCUAUGCACAUCAAGAGCCCAAGUCCUUCAAUGGAUCUUUGUUGAAGAUUGCUGUGGAAGAACUGACCAAGCAGGGCUGCAGUGUCACCGUGUCGGAUCUGUACGCCAUGCAGUUUGAGCCCAGAGCAACAAGAAAUGACAUUGUUGGUCACCUGCACAACUCAGAAGCGUUCAAUUAUGCUGUGGAAACCUGGGAAGCCUUCAAGAGAGGAGGUUUGUCCAAAGACCUGGUUGAAGAGCAGAAGAAGGUGCAAGAAGCAGACUUGCUGAUUUUUCAGUUUCCCUUGUUUUGGUUCAACAUGCCUGCGAUCCUGAAGGGCUGGAUGGACAGAGUCUUGGUUCAGGGCUUUGCUUACGAUUUGUCAAAGGCUUAUGAUGCUGGUUUGCUGCAGGAUAAAUUAUCCUUGUUUUCUUUCACCACGGGCGGGAGCCAAGAGAUGUAUUCAAAAGAAGGUAUCGGUGGUGAUAUUCGCUAUGUCCUGUGGCCCAUGCAGCAUGGAAUCAUGCACUUCUGUGGUGUCAAAGUCCUUGAACCUCACAUCUGUUAUGCUCCAGAGAAUGUCUCUGAGGACAAGAGGAAGGAGAUGCUGACUGCCUGGACCCAGCGUCUGAAGACUCUUUGGAAGGAAGAGCCCAUAGACUGCUCCCCUGAGUGGUAUUUCAAGUAGUGUUCAGGUGCAAGACUACAGAGAGAAGAUUUUUUUUUCUCUCCAUUCUUUUUAAUGUUCUGUCUAAAAUACCUGGACACUAAUCUCCUAAUUCAAAACUAUUUUAAGAAUCUUGAAUACUACAUCUAGCAGUUCAACUGACAACACAGCAUUUAUUUUCACUGAUUCCUGAGGGAUUCCCUUCAAGGAUGGGUGCAAAACCCUUUGUGUUGUUCUCCUUGCUCACAUAAACAGGGUCAUCCUGCCUCCUUGUGGUUGAUAACACAUGUGAUGUUUCAUGGCAAAUUAUACCAUUGCUGCUUGUCCAACAGCAAAUGGCCAAGUUUAUUUUGACACUCUUUUUUACAAGUUGUCACUUUUUUUCCUUUACCAGGGAAUAGGUUGCCCAUGCUCAACCUAUAAAACCCAAGACUAAUUGUGAAAGUGCUACACUUGUGCCUUGGAGCAACAAAAACCAAUCAUUGGUAGUGUUGCAAAAGGUUGUACAGUUGCAAAGUGUCUUAAACAGCUGAAAAACCUUGUGGGCAGCCCUAGGCUUCUCCAGACAUCUAUAAAGCAAUAUUAAAGCUAUGACAGAUACCAGAAAAGGGGAAAAAUGCAAAUGUAGUGGCAUGUGCAUGAAUUGCCUUCCUUUGUAGACUACAGAUUCCAUUUGUAAAGUAUGCAUCUUCCCAUAAUCAAAGUAGAGAGAAAAAGGAAUCCUGUCUGUUGCCUGACCCCUCACAACAGUCAGUGUUGGUGUUUGGGUCUGGAGGGUGUUUGCUUCCUCUCCAGCAUCAGCAUUAAUGGGCUUCCUUGGAGAUCUCCAGCACCAGCAGCUGAUGAGGCAGAGCACUAACCUAAAAACCUGGAGGUGCACUGUCUGUCUGUGGAUCAGGAUCUAUGGGACAAAUGUAUUGUCUGGCUCUUAAUAGCCAUGAUUUUUAUCUGGAACUGUAGCAGGAUUAUUUUUGUGCUUUAGAGUUGUUAACCCUGUUUGUGCAUAUUGCAAGGGGUGGGUUUCUUACUUAGAGAAAUAUCUUGCAUUGACCAGCUCACCUAACUGCUGCCUUUGCACUUUGAUAUUAAAAGAAUGUGGCCUCAGUAAGAACCCGUCUCCUGAGUCACUGUCAAAUGACACCUAGGCCUCUGUGCAUCUGCCAUACCUGCUUUGUGGCAGUCUUGUCACACCCCAGCCUCACAGUUGUAAGCUGACAUCUCAGACUGGGAAAUGCCACCACAGGGAAAGGGUCAUGUGUUCCUGUUUGCUCCCAUAUAAAGUGAAGGGGCACACCCAGCAGAGACAUUUCCCAGGAAGCAGAGCUGCCCCAAGCUGUCACAAAUGUCUUCUGUGGGGCAUGUGAGCCCAAGUCUUUAGCUUGUAGAGGCAGGAAAUUUGCUUUGGCUCAACAGCCCUGUUAUAGGAAAAGGAAAGUGAAAGGGAAUAAAGAAGAAAGUGUUAUGCAUCUAAGUUUGGGGAAAGGGGAAAGCAGAUUCAUGCCUAAAAGUCUUGAGGAGAACAACUUAAAGUUGCCAAGAGAAAUUUGAGGACUAAUUUUAAAAUUGCAUAGAAAAGAAAUCAUCCUUCUAAUCACUGUGUUCGGUGAAAGAAGGAAGUUGAGGUGAAAGCAGAAGUUGCAACUGUCAAAGCAGUGUUAGUGUUUUGGAUCAAUUGCAGAGCUUAACUAUUAACUAUUAGGUUAACUAUUAGAUGAAGAAUGCCAGACUCACCUGAAUGUUCAGGGUACUGUACUUGGCACUAUCUGGCAGACAUAUGCCAGCUCCCAUACAUAUGGUAGCAUUAAGUUUUAAUAAUAUGGCUGAGAUUUUUAGUGCAAAGUAUGUGAAUUAUUGAGAUUAAUGCAAGUUCAGCUAAAGGUAAAAGAAAAAUAAUAGGUUUAUUAAAUUCUCAUUAGUGCUAAAAUUGAAGACUUCUGCUCAGAUAAAUUCAUUAUUGGGGAAAAGCACUAAAAAUGUACCAAUCUUUCUGUCCAUUUCAAGAUAACUUUUCCUUCUUCACAAUCAGAAUUAGGACACUUCUCUGUAAAUUCAGAUUGCAUUUCUGGAUCUGUUUAUUUUCCCUAUUCAUUUAAUGAAGGAAUGUCAUAACUGGCAACACCAACCUCUAAGCACAUACAAAUAAAUGACCAUUUCAUUC